AUGGCCACGACGCAUGGGCACUGUGACCCCGCCUUCAGCCAGCUGCGUGAGCUCUUCCAACAACGGUUGAGUCAAGGCCAUGAACUGUGUGCCUCCCUCUGUGUGAACAUCGACGGGAAGAAUGUCGUCGACCUCUGGGGCGGCUACGCAGAUGCGGCACAUACCAAGCCAUGGAAUGAAGAUACUAUCACCGUCGUCUGGUCGGUCACUAAGGUGGUCAGCAGUCUUGCCGCAAACAUUCUCAUCGAUCGUGGCUUGCUCGACCCGAACGAAAAGGUAUCCAAAUAUUGGCCCGAGUUCGCUGCCAACGGCAAGGACGGUGUCCUGGUAGCCCACAUUCUCACCCAUUCCUCCGGCGUCGCUUCGUGGGACCCGCCAAUCGCUGUGGAGGACAUUUACAACCUGAAGAAGUCAACUGAUGCUCUGGCGCAGCAAGCCCCUUGGUGGAAACCGGGCGAAGUUUCCGGAUACCAUAUGGUGAACUAUGGCCAUUUGAUCGGCGAACUGGUGCAGCGGACAAGCGGAAAGUCACUGGCACAGUUUAUUGCAGAAGAGAUCGCCCGUCCUCUAGGUGCGGACUUCCGACUAGGAGUGCCAGAGGUGGACUGGCCGCGCGCCGCCGAUAUCAUCCCUCCGCCCCCUGUUACAUUGGACGGUCUUGACCCGCAGAGUGUGGAAGGCAAGACCUUUGCUGGUGGGCUCGUUCCCGCGGAGAGAUCCAUGAGCACCGGCUUCAGGAAAGCCUCCAUUGGUGCCAUCAAUGGAUUCAGCAACGCUCGCGCGCUGGCUCGUAUUGGAUCGAUGGUCUCCCAGGGCGGCUCGGUUGAUGGGAAGCGGUACCUUUCCCCCGAAGCUGUUGACCAGAUACUCCAAGAGAAGAUCAGCGGCAAGGAUCUCGUGCUACUCUCACACUUCCGGUUUGGUCUUGGAGUGGGACUGCCUGUACCUUCAACCUUACCUUGGAUUCCCCAAGGCCGUAUUGGCUUCUGGUUUGGCUGGGGUGGAUCAAUCCUUAUUAUGGAUCGGGAUCGGCGGAUGACUAUUGGCUAUGUCAUGAACAAGAUGGGAACUGGGCCGCUGGUUAAUGAGAAUACCGAAGCUUAUGUCAGAGCGAUCUAUGAAAUUGUUGAUGCAAUGCGGCUCUGA